AUGCCACCAGCUUAUUCCCGCCACGCCUACUUUUGCGAGUUGAAAUUCCCGGAUGUCGACACCAUUGACGUAUUGAACGGCAAAUCAAACUUCUAUCAAUGGCACUCUGAUAUUCAGCCGGUGCUCUUGUCCAAUCCCUAUUCUUCAGAUCUGAUACUUGGUAGCUGGACGGAACCUCAAUAUCCCCCGUCGUGGACUGUUGAGGACCAGGCUCUGUUCGACGAGGAACGCAGAGAAUGGGACGCCGCCAACACUGCAACCUGCCGCUUCAUUCGCGCGACGCUGGCCACGAACGUUGGCCCGUUCGUUCGCCAAUAUACGGCUGCAAGGACACUUUUCUUCAAUCUUGUGUGGCUGUACGGAGAAGAGGCUGGGAUCGAUUCACAGGGUGGUCCUCCAGUGCCUGUGAAUGCCGAGACCCUCAACGCAAAGAAAGGACGUGCCGGGCUUCUGGCCGCGCUGGAAGCCAAAAGAACCAUGGACUAUCUGCCUGCUGUCUCCACAAGCCUCAAGCCAUCAGCUUCGAUUGUCCCGGGCCCCCAAACCAAACACAGCAACCAUGAGGUCACUUUCUUCUCUGCCUCGAGGACAGAACCUCCUGCCUCUCGUGACAAGUCGACGAAAUGGCAGGCAACAAUUGCCAGCGAACCCACGGACCUACCAGACCAAAAUACCGCCAUUGGCCGUCCCAUCGACCGGACCCGCAUCACUUCUGACCCAAGCUUGGAGACCAUUCAUGAACACGACGAGCCGCAUCCAGGAAGACGGGUGCCGUCCGGGUAUGCAAUCGACUUCGACUACAGCCUUUCCAGAGGAGAUCAAGGGCAGUGGGGGAGGAGCGUCAGCCCUUUGUCUCCUUCCGACUCCGGUAGUGAAUAUGGCGACGAUGACGAGGACCAGGAUGAAUGCCACCUCGAAGACACCGACGUCGCCGACCCCGCCGGACGGUCCACGUCGCGGUCCACGAAGCGUCCAGCCGGCAGCCCAGACCUCGAGCCGAGCGCUGCAAAGGCAGGCAUCACCUCCAUCUUGAGGACCGUCACGGCCAACAACAGGGCCAGGAAGCGGGACAAGUUCACCUUCUCAUUCCCUCUGCGGCGGCUGAAUCCGGAAAAGGAGAGAGCCAAGGGCGAGGACCGAGCGCGGGCUGAGGAAGCGGUGUGA